AUGAAGUUUACCUCCUCUGCCAUCGCCGCCGUCCUCGGCUUCACCUCCAGCGCCUUUGCUGCUCCGACCCCAAAUAACAACACCGGUGCGCCUGCGCCGCAAUCUGGCUCCUCCUACACCACCAUCAAUCCUACCGCCACCUCCCUCUACGAAGUCUGGACCGGCGCAGUCCACCACGGUGUCUACUACGGCAAGAUCUACAAGUCCGGCCAGACCACCGACAUCACUACCCUCGCGUCCUUUGACAUCCCGGCCUGGGCCGAGGGCCACACCUGCCAGUUCGUCUUCGAGCUUGACGAGCACGCGACUCUCAAGGGCUCCAAGCGCUUUCAAGUCUUCACCAGCCAGAAGCCUGCGACGCAGAGCAGCGCCUCCUGGCCCUCGGGCAACCUCCGCGACCAGCAUCUUGGCUUGAUGGAAGCCACCAAGCCGGGCCGGGCUGCCAUUGUUGACGGUCCCGCACGCAGCACCUACUUCCCUUGCCCUGGUGGCUAUACCAUUGCUGGGGAGUUGGUUGGCCAGAAUGACCAGGUCCACAUUGAGUGGAAUACCUAUGCUGCUGGUCCGAAGAUUCUGAUUUACUAA